CACUUUCAACCCCAACACACACCAACAUCAGCUAGUAGCUAUUAUACUCCAUUUUCAUGGCAUAUAACAACAACCCACUCCAACCUCCUUCUCCUCCUCCUUCUCCAUUCCUCGCAAGGGAGGAUACCCCUUCUCCUCCUGGAACCCCUAACAUUGAAGACAUCCAUCCUUUUCACUUUGAUCUUACUGAAAUGGAUUUUCAAGUGGAAUUUACUUUUCCAACUGUGGUGAUGCCUACCGAGAUUGUGCAUUUGGACGACGAAGAUGUCCCUGAUGCCGUUACUGAAGAGAAACCUGAUGACGUGGCUGAGAUGGAAAGUGAGAAACCGGAGGAAGCUCUUGCUAAUGAAAAUGGGGAAGCCAGUGUGAGAAGCUAAUGCUGCAGAGGCAAAAAUGAGUGGCUCGAAUUUCCAUCAAAUAGUGUUUAAAUUGGAAGUUCAUAUUACCGAAUAAAACAUGCUACUCAUUAUCUGGUUUUUCA